AUGGAUAAUGGAGUCAACAAAGGACGUAAGCCACCAAAUGCAUAUAUAUUAUACUGCAAUUCCAUCAGGGAAGAGAUAAAAAAGGAAAAUCCUGAUAUUAGCACUAACGAAAUGAUGAAAUUAUUGAGUGACCGCUAUAAAAACGAAUCACCAGAAGUAUUAAACAAAUUCAAAGAAAUAGCCGCUAAAAAGCAAGAAGAAUUCGCCCAACAAUGUCCUGAAUAUUCCUACAAAAAAUCAACAAAAAAGAAAGUAUUUCAUUCCAGCAUCACAGAUCCAGUUAAUGCUCUGAAUGACAGCUUCAAAAACAAUGCAUUCACCCUACAGUGCUUGAGUAAUCAAGCAAUUUCAAAGACAGAAAAAAAGGAGUGA